GAUAAGGUUACCAAGUAUGUUGUCUUAUCAUUAUUUCUAUUAACAUUGACAUUCUUCUCUUUUGUGCUCUCUGUUUUAUCAAUAUGAGAACAUCACUAUUAUUCGAUUUUAUUAUCAAAUAUGAUCAAAUAAAUUAUCAAGGAAAUACAUUAAGCUAACCUCAGUUCUCAAAAUGCCAGUGACAGAACAGAAUGCGAUGUGGUUCCGGAUUGCUUCAGCAAUUUUUUAUGGAAUAUCAUCAUUUUUAAUCACUGUAGUUAAUAAGACAGUAUUAACUACUUACAAAUUUCCAUCAUUCCAAAUUCUUGGAAUAGGGCAAAUGAUAGCAACAAUAGUUAUUUUAUAUGUUGCUAAGAAAAUCAACUACAUCGACUUCCCCAACUUAGAUUUAUCUACAAUUGUAAAAAUAUUUCCUUUACCACUGAUCUACAUUGGAAACAUGGUUUUCGGCCUUGGCGGAACUAAACAAUUGAGUUUACCCAUGUUUACUGCACUAAGAAGAUUUAGUAUUUUGAUGACAAUGGCUGCAGAAUAUUAUAUGCUAGGAGUAAAACCAAAAACAUCAGUUCAAUUGAGUGUUUACAUAAUGGUUUUCGGUGCAAUGAUAGCGGCAUUUGAUGAUCUUGCAUUCAAUCUUCAAGGCUAUAUCUUUAUAUUUUUGAAUGAUAUUUUUACGGCUGCAAAUGGUGUUUAUACGAAGAAAAAAUUAAAUUCUAAAGAGCUUGGGAAGUAUGGUUUAAUGUACUACAACUCACUCAUCAUGAUUAUACCGUCAACUCUAAUAGCCUGGUGGACUGGUGAUAUUGACAAAAUAAUGGAAUAUGAUAAUUGGACGAACUUUUUUUUCAUUUGUCAGUUCAUUCUCUCGUGCAUCAUGGGUUUCGUGUUAUUGUACAGUGUACUUUUAUGUACACAUUAUAAUUCAGCACUUACAACUACAAUUAUUGGUUGUUUAAAGAAUAUCACAGUUACUUAUUUGGGCAUGGUUGUUGGUGGAGAUUAUGUUUUUUCAUGGUUAAAUUUUGCUGGACUUAAUUUAAGUGUUUCAGGUAGUUUAAUUUAUACGUGGGUUACAUUUAUGCCCAAAGAUAAUGUUGCUCCAAAAUAUUCUCCAUUAAUUUCUUCACCAACUAAAGUUGAAGUUAUAUAAUAUUUUUUUCAUUAUAAACAGUAUUUUUUCAAUUAAAUAAAUAGUAAUGAUUUUUUUUUUAAUAUCUCUAAAAUCAUGUUUAAUAUCUUUUUGCUACGAUAGUGAUAUAUUAUUGUCUCCAGUAAUUUUAAUGUCUCGCUGGAUUCGAGAAUAAUACGAUGAGCGUGCCAUUUAUCGUUAGUUAUGUACAUUCUUUCAACUAUGUAUAUUUUUGUAUAUAUAGAUCCUUGUAAUAAAUAGGAUUUAAAUAUCAGUUAAUUAUUAAUAGAUAAUAGAAUUCAUUUUCGUACUUUAAAAUGAAGGAAAAAUUCAUCUACUUGUUAAUAAAAAUUUUCAUAAAUAUAUAUAAGUAAUUUUUUAUUCCAAAUUUUUAUCACAAAAAUAAUAAAGUUUUCAUACAUUCAUGUAAUAUAUAAUUCAGAAGAAUUUAAUCCUUCAUUUUUGUUAAAACCAAAGUAAACGUAUUACAUAUUACAUAGAUAAAUUAUAAUUUUGUACUCAGGAAUAAAGUUAAUUCAUAAAAUAGUGUAUAAUUAUGUAAAGUAAUCAAUGUAAGCACUUGAAAUAAAUAUUUGUUUAACUAA